AUGAGUGUUUGCCUGAGAGACAACAAGCGCGGUGUGCUCAUGUUAAUGCUCCUUUCUCGCAUUAAACGCUUACUUUUUUGGAUAUGGAACAGGUUUCUUGGCAUGAUCUUGUGCUGUUCGGGAGGGAAUGAUGAGCACACGAAGACCAUUGAACGAGAUUUGCACAAUGAAAGAAAAGUUCUUAGGAGACAAGUGAAAAUUCUUUUGCUUGGAUCUGGAGAAUCAGGCAAAUCGACAUUUAUCAAACAAAUGAACAUCAUUCAUGGUGCAGGCGAGUUUACUGCAGAUGAAGUACGCGCCUACAGACAACAAAUCUAUCAGAAUGCGAUAUCAGCAAUGAGAGUACUUUUGGAUGCUCGAAAUAAACUGAAUAUACCUUGGGAGAAGCCUGAAAGACAGCAAAAUGUAGAUAAAAUUAUGAAAUUCACCGUAGCUGAUCUCUUAAAAGGUAUUGACUACACUACAUUCGCUGAUGUUGCACCUGUGAUCCAAGAUUUCUGGGAUGAUGCUGCAGUUAAGCAAGCCUACGAGAAACGAAAUUUGUUCCAAAUUAGCGAUUCGUGUCAAUAUUUCUUUGAUCAUCUCAGCAGAAUCUCCAUGCCUAAUUUUCACCCUACAAACAAAGAUAUUUUAUAUUGUCGAAAAGCUACGCGAGGAAUAUGUGAACAUACAUUUGUAAUCAAUAAAAUUCCCUUUAGAUUUAUUGACGUUGGUGGCCAAAGAUCUCAGCGGCAAAAAUGGUUUCAAUGUUUCACUGAUAUCACUAGCAUAUUAUUCAUGGUAGCUUCAAAUGAAUACGAUCAGGUGAUACUGGAAGACCGCAGAACAAAUCGGGUUGUUGAAUCACGAUCUGUUUUCGAGACUAUAGCCAACAAUCGAGCGUUCACAAAUGUUUCUAUCAUCCUCUUCAUGAACAAAAGUGACUUGCUAAAAGAGAAAGUGCCUAAGUCGGACAUUCGGCAAUACUUUUCCGACUUCACCGGCGAUCAUACGUCGGUGCGAGACGUGCAAUUCUUUUUGGUCGACAAGUUCGAAACUUCACGGAAAGAUCGGGCUCGUCCAUUUUUCUAUCAUUUUACAACUGCCAUUGACACAGAAAAUAUAAGACGAGUAUUUGUUGAUGUUAGAGAUACAAUUUUGCAGCAAAAUCUUAAAUCACUUAUGAUGCAGUGAUAUGCCUGGUAUAUGAUUCCUUGAUGUAUGUAUAGAAAUAUGAUUGAAGAGCAAGAAACAAGUUUUAAAUUAUUUGUUGAAAUGUUAUAUACAGAC